GGGUUGAAUGUUUUCCACCAUUCUUGAUAAUAGAUAUACAUCUAUAUGAAUGAAUGUUUCCCAGUGAAUCAACAUUAUUUGGUUUAUGACCCCUCCAUGUUGAUUAAAUGACAAGCAACUACAACCUGAUCUAGAAUUUUUAUUGCAAGACUUCUCGCAAAAUCUACAACAGAAAUCAAAGAGAAGCUGCAAACUCUACAAUUUUUGGCAUUCAACAUAAUCGCAAUGGCCGAUAAACAUCCAUACGAUGCUUCUGCUUCAUCAAAUACAAUGAGCCAAUCUUUCACUAGCUCAUAUCCUGAGAGCCAGUCGCCGUCAACCUUAAAUUCCUCAGAUGUGGUACAUAGGUUUCUACAACAACCACAACCCUCUUUCAUAGUCGGCGGAAGCCCAUACCUCUUUCCAUCAAUUUUUGGGCUUUACAGGGAUGGCAUGAGGAGACUUUGCCUCGCGGAACACCAUGUAUCGACACCAUUUAUGACCGUUGCUGUUCAUUCUGGUUGGUCUGGCGAGCCCUCGAUUGUUCUCUCCUCUCCCACAGCAGUGAUGGGGACUGCAGAGCUCCACACUUUUUCCUCCAAGAUUGACCUCGUUAUCGGCAAUACCUCAUCGACUAUACAAUCUUCAGGCUACUUUUCACCGGUCUACGACUUCACCUUCACAUUCGAUGAUGGACGCCAGGAAGUAUUUCAAUGGAAAAAAAGCUCCGGGGAUGCAGUUGCAGGUUUAUGCGGCAGGAGUAGGGGUUACAAGCUUGUGAGGGCCUCUAAUGGGGAGGUACUAGCCGCCUGGACGCAUCCAGGCGGUCCAAGUAUUGAUAAGAUGGCGAAGUUUGGUCUGUUGGAUAGUAUGAGAAAGCUUGGUUGGGGUGAAAGGUGGGAAGUAACGCUGGUGCUAUCAGCUAUAGCACUUGUUGAAAAAGAGAGAAGGGCGAGGAAGAAUGCUGCCGCUGCGGCGUAGGGACUGUUUGAAUUUCGGGGCGAACCUUGGAGGGCCCGGUAUGAUACCCAUUGUUUUCGGCGAGUUUUAAUGGAAUUUUACGUUGCUUGGAUAUAAUUGAGAACUUGGUCAGAAUUUAAUAUGCACCACGAGAUCUGAUGAUAGUUUUCACCAUUGUUGACUUGAAUUUGCUAUAAUACUUUCUGUGAUUUUCAAGACACAUUGACUCCAGUGAGCCAAUUUGAUAGAUGAGAAAUUGCUUGAACCA